CAACGGCGCGCCUGUGAUCCUUCAACAAAGUGGCCACGUCUUUGGGCCUUUGAUCAACUCCAACUCCAACCUUCACCAACCGCCCUUGAAUGCUCUCUCCGCAUCCCAACAGCAUCCUGUGAUGCUCCCGCGCCUACCAUGUCUGGAUAUCUCUCCAUGCUAGGCUGGGCCUUCCUGCCCGGUCUCGCAACCUCUUGGAUUCAGACCAUCUACUAUGGCGUUACUAUUCGCGCCGGCGACCCCAAGCCCGCCCCCGGCUCCGUUCGGUUCAACACCCACCGCCGCAUUAUACACAUCCUCGUCAUCGCCACAUACCUUCUCUACACCAUCUACGAGGCCGACUACGACCAGCGCCGCGAACCAUCCUACUACGCCGACCUCGGCGUCUCCUUUACCGCACACGACCGCGAGAUAAAAUCGCGUUUCCGCCGCCUCGCCGCUCUUCACCAUCCUGACAAGGCUGGCGCCAACGCUCCGGACUCGGCCGCCUUCUUCAUGCACCUCAAGCAGGCCAGCGACACCCUCCAAGACACAGCCAAGCGCUUUGCCUACGAGCGCUUUGGGCCUGAGAUUGCGCGCUGGCAGAAGUGCAUCACCAUCAAGGACUUUGUGUCUCGCGGUGUUAUCUCUGGCAUCCUGCCUCAUUACGGCGUUGCUGCCGCCUCCAUUUAUAUCCUAGGCCUUUUUGGCUACAUGGAGUUUGGAAAAUACUACCGCUGGCUCAUCCUGCUUACGCUGUGUACGUUUGAGCUCCAUACCGUCACGCGCCCUGACUUCCCUCCCUUUGUCACGGGCAUCAACGCUAUCCUCACUCGGGUUACCACCCACCACCCUUACCUCCCCUUCCAGAUCAUAUCGCUGGCCCGGAAGCUCACAAUUACUGGCUACAUCGCACUCGCCCAGAUCGGCCCGCUCCUUGCGAUACAGUUUAACGGCGAUCAGAAGGCUGCCGAGGAGACUGAAGAGAAGGCGCUCAAGCAGAAUCUGGAUCGCCUCGAGGCGUUUUCCAAGCAGCUUGAUGGUGAUGCCGUGCGGCUGCUGGACAUGGAGUUGGCUCCGUACAAGGGCGAUGCCGAGGCGACGUCUAAUCUACAGGGAAAGAUGAGGGAGUGGUUGGUGCAGAACACGAUCCGGGCCGAUCCGAUGGUUAGGGACGCGCUGGGGACUUCGUUGAAGCGGAGGAGGGUUGAUGCUCCAUCUGGCGCCAAGGGCAAUCGAUAAAAUCUAGACAAAGACAACCUAUUAUACCUAAAUAGACCAAAUAAUUUACAAAAUAAACAAGACGACCAAACCGUCCAUCGGUCUCCAGUGUCAUCAACCACCGGCUUGAAACCGACGGAUAACCAUG